AUGAAAUUUGCAGAGCACUUAAGUGCUCAUAUUACACCAGAAUGGAGAAAACAAUAUAUAAAUUACGAAGAAAUGAAAGCAUUGCUUUAUGCAGCAGUAGAACAAGCACCAGCUGCAGAUAUAACAGAAUCACAUAUAUUAGAACGUUAUUUUAAUAAAUUUGAUGAACAAUUUUUUCAUUAUUGUGAUAAGGAGUUAGCAAAUAAUACAUUUUAUUCAGAAAAAUUAGCAGAAGCAACGCGUAGAUUUGCAACUCUUAAUAAUGAAUUAAGUGAAAUUCUAUCUGCUUCUGAAAAUGGACAAGGAAGUCAUAAAAUCCGUUAUCGUAACAAUAUUUUGCAUAAAAAGCCAAUUUCAGCACGCAAACUUCAAGAAUUAAAAUUAGCUUUUUCUGAAUUUUAUCUUUUUCUCAUUUUACUUCAAAAUUACCAGAAUCUUAAUUUUACUGGAUUUAGAAAAAUAUUAAAAAAACAUGAUAAACUUUUAAAUAUAGAUCUUGGAGCAAAAUGGAGAGCAGAACAUGUAGAUACAGCAUUAUUUCAUACUCAUAAAGAUAUAGAUAGGCUCAUUGCAGAAACAGAAGCAUUAGUUACCAGAGAUUUAGAACAUGGAGAUAGACAACGUGCUAUGAAACGUUUAAGAGUCCCUCCUCUUGGAGAACAGCUUUCUCCAUGGAUUACAUUUAAAGUGGGACUUUUUUCAGGAGCUUUUAUUGUUCUUCUUAUAGCAGUAAUACUUUCAGGUGCACGUUACAGGAAUAAUAAUAAUUGGCGAGUUUUAUGUAGAUUAUAUCGUGGACCACUUCUUAUGAUUCAAUUUCUUUUUCUUAUGGGAAUCAAUGUGUAUGGAUGGAGAUCUUCUGGUGUAAAUCAUGUUUUAAUAUUUGAACUUGAUCCUCGAAAUCAUUUAUCAGAACAGCACAUUAUUGAAAUGGCUAGUGUGUUUGGAUUAGUUUGGUCUUUAUCAAUUUUAGGUUUUUUAUAUAGUGAAACAUUGGGAAUACCACCAUUUGUUCAACCUAUGUUGUUAUAUAUAUUACUAGCUUUGUUUUUGUUUAAUCCAACGAAAACAUUACGUUAUGAAGCUAGAUUUUGGGCACUCCGUGUAUUGGGUAGAAUAUUUUGUGCACCAUUUUUUUAUGUUGGAUUUGCUGAUUUCUGGCUAGCUGAUCAACUUAAUUCUCUACAUACGGUUUUCUUAGACUUUCAAUAUUUUGUUUGCUUUUAUGUACAAAAUUCUUCAUGGACUACUGUCACUGAUGCGGAAACUUGUAUUAUGCGCGAACUCUCAAUGAGACCAUUUGUGGCUUGUUUGCCAGCAUGGUUCCGAUUUGCACAAUGUUUACGGCGAUAUAGAGAUACAAAAGAAGCUUUUCCUCAUCUUAUGAAUGCAGCAAAAUAUGCUACUAGUUUUUUCGUUGUAGUAUUUUCAUACUUACAUUUAACUAAUGCUAAGUAUUAUGUAUUAUCUACUGAAAAUCCUUAUUUUUAUUUGUGGAUAACUGCAAGUAUUAUGAGUUCUUGUUUUACAUAUACAUGGGAUAUAAAAUUAGAUUGGGGAUUAUUUGAUAGUAAUGCAGGAGAAAAUAAAUUUCUUAGGGAAGAAAUUGUUUAUUCUUCUCCAUAUUAUUAUUAUUUUGCAAUAAUCGAAGAUUUUAUACUUCGUUUUGGUUGGGCAUUUUCAUUGUCUCUUACUGAAAUGGGAUACGUACAUGCAGAUUUAAUGGUUUCUAUAAUUGCACCAUUAGAAGUAUUCAGGAGAUUCAUAUGGAAUUUUUUCCGCUUGGAAAACGAACAUUUGAAUAAUUGCGGCAAGUUUAGAGCAGUCAGAGAUAUAUCUGUUGCUCCAGUUGAUUGCUCUGACCAAACUCAAAUUUUAAGAAUGAUGGAUGCAGCAGACGGGGUAAUCAAUCGAAAAAGAAAACAAAAGAUAAUGGAUAAAAAACCUUCACGCGCUUUUUCUAAAGGUGAAUCCUUGAUUUGUGAUCUUGAUACAUAACUAAAAAAAUUAGUGGAUUCAUAAAAAUUAAGUGUUAAUUUUUUUCUUUCUAUAAAUGUAAAGAAAACAAUGAUUUUAUUAGUCAUACAGUACAAAGAUACAUAUUAUAUCAGAAUGAUUCUACUAUUUAAGUAAAUAUGAAAAAUGUAUAAAUGUUGUCAGUCAGUACAAAUAUAUAUAUAAGAAUGAUUU